AUUUGUCAUACAAAUAUGUCUAACUAUCAAGAAAUAGUUAACUUAAACGUUGGUGGUACUAGAUUUUCUACUUCGUGGCAUACAUUAACCUGGGUACCUGACACCUUUUUCACUGCUUUGCUUAGUGGAAGGAUACCCACUGUCCGAGACGAAACUGGGGCAAUUUUUAUAGACAGAGAUCCACAACUGUUUGGUUUAAUAUUAAACUUUCUUAGGACCAGAGACAUAGAUCUAAAUAAUGUGAAUAUAAGAUCUCUUAGACAUGAAUGUGACUACUUUGGUAUUACUCCUCUUAGUAGGAGAUUAGCUCUAUGUGAUGAAAUGAACCAUUCUUCAUGUGGUGAUGUGCUUUUCUAUGGAUAUUUGCCACCACCAUUAAAUACAGCACUACCUAAUAAUUCACGAAGUGGUAAUGGAUGCUCAAGAAAGAACUCCACUGCUUCUAGCACAGAAGUUACUGGCAACAGAACUCAUUCUAGGAACUCUUCAUUGGACUUACGUACUGUUGGAAGGAUACCAUCACAAGAUCAAUUAAGCCGUUGUGGCAGAGGACAUUCAAGAGCUGCAUCCUUAGGCAAUGCAGAUUCUCAGAAGGGGCUAAGGCCACCUGAGAUAAACACAUGGUCAGACAGUAUGAAAGUACAAAUUAUAAAGGCGCAUCACAACUGGAUUGCUGUAGCCUAUUCUCACUUUGUAACAGGAUACAGCCGCGAUCGGACCAUAAGAUUAACAGAUUCCUGUGGCUGGUAUGUUGUUUUCCAAUCUCCUGUUCAAGACUCUGUUAUUGAGAGAAUAGCACUAAAUGCUAAAACGGGAGGGGGAAGCACAAACGCAAGUGGGAAUAAUGCCACAGGGACUGACGUCAUGCUGGGUGUUGCUAGUGGCUCUUUAGUCCGUUUGUGGGCUUUUUCAACCCAUUGUGAACCUGUAAGAAGAACAUUAAUCGGAACGUUUAACCUGGGGGUACGCGUGGAGCACCUAUUGUUUGUGGGCCCCCAACUGGUCGCCCUCAGCGGCGCCGGCAGCCGCAGCAAGGCCGGUGUAUGGCACACGAGUACGCAGCACUGGCAGACGCAAGACGUCGCCCAUCUCACCACUUACGACACUGCCGGCUCAUUUUUACUACUCGGCACUGCUACUGGAGCCAUAAAUUAUAUCGAUAUGCAAAAGUUUCCGCUUCGCAUGAAGGAUAACGACUUACUUGUGACACAAUUAUACAAGGAUCCAAACCAGGAACCUAUCACAGCGAUAUCUGUAUAUUUAACACCAAAAACGAAUCUUUGCGGCAACUGGAUAGAGAUAGCGUACGGUACUCGGUAUGGAUCGGUGCGUGUGAUAGUACAGCAUCCGGAGACUGUUGGUCACGGACCGCAACUGUUCCAGACUUUCACUGUUCAUCAGAGCCCCAUCACAAAGGUAUCACUAUCAGAGAACUACUUAAUAUCAGUGUGUAGUGAAUAUAAUCACGUGAGAUCAUGGAGAGUGACGAGGUUCAGGGGAAUGAUAUCCACGCAACCUGGUACAACGCCCAAGGCAGCAUUUAAAGUGUUAGCCCUAGAAGCUCCUACUGCGCAGCCGCAUAAUGACUGUGGUCCUUAUGGUGAACAAGAUGAGGAACAAAUAUUUAUACAAAAAGUUGUACCUGACACGGACACACUGUAUGUGCGAUUAGCUUCUAACGGAAGAAGGGUGUGCACGAUCCGUUCCGUGGACGGUACGUCGGUGUCGUGUUUCGUGGUGGCCGAGUGCGAGGGCGCGCUGCGGCCGCGGCGGCUGCUGCUGUGCGGCCACCGGUCCGGCGCCGCGCAGAUGUGGGACCUCACCGCGCCCAUCGACCGCGCCGCCCGCACGCCGCCCACCGCGCAGCCCAACGGAGGCAACGCCGCCGCCGCCGCCACCGCCGCCACAGCGGAAGGUGAAGAAUCUCCAGUGCCGGACGGCGGUCCGACUCCGGACGAGUUGGUCCGCCUGUUGUCCGCGUGCGAUCUGGACGCGUCGCCUGUACCUGUACUGCCGCCGUCACCUAACAGACCGAUACAGGCGCCAUGA